GGACCUUUUUACUCGAGACACGAGGACUCGAGAGCCGUCUCGAUCCAUCUCGCCUGCUUGCUCUUGCGAGCUACUACUCCUCCGUAGCAUAGAGAAUCGGCCAUCGAGUGAGCAGGCUGCGUGCAGAUCCGAUCCGACCGAACCCAGCAGGCAGCUGCCUCGCGCCGCAAAGCCCGAGCUCAAGCCGCUCGAUCAUGGCGGCGGCACCGGCGCAGCAGAAGAUGAUGGUGGCGAUCGACGACAGCGAGUGCAGCCAGUACGCGCUCGAGUGGGCCCUGCGGAACCUCGCGCCCGGCCGCCUCGUCCUCCUCACCGUCCAGCCCUACGCCCCCCUCGGCUACAUCCCCGCCGCCGCCGGCUCCCCGCUUGGCCCUUCGGUUGUGUCCCCGGAGCUCAUCAGGUCGGUGACCGAGCACCAGCGGCAGCUCGCUCAGGCGCUGGUCGAUAAGGCCAAGGCCAUCUGCGCCGACCACGGGGUAGAUGCAGAGACCAUCAUCGAGGUGGGUGAACCCAAGGAAACCAUAUGCGAAGCUGCAGAGAAGCUGAAUGUCGAUCUGCUCAUCCUGGGAAGCCACAGCCGUGGGCCAAUACAGAGGUUUUUCCUUGGCAGUGUGAGCAACUACUGUACCCACCAUGCGAAAUGCCCGGUCCUUGUCGUCAAGAAGAAAGAAUGAACUCUGCUCUUUCCUGUACAUGGUGUGAAGAACCCUUGAUAUCUGUCUGUGCGUGUUAUUCUUCAUAGUAGCCACUAUAGCUAUUUUGCAUAUAAAUAAAGCUGAAUACCAAUUUGAAUGCGCUAUGUAUUCUGCCAUUUUCAUGAACCAGUUGCAUAUAAAUAAAGGCUUUUAGCAAUUUGAACCCUGUAUGUAUUGUGCCAUCAUGUACAUUAACCAUUUUGUUGAAACAAAU